CGUCAAUUCAGAUAAUAUUGGGGUCGAACCAUUAUUGAGCCCGGGAAUACAGGAAGAUGCCGGCGUCGAGGGUGAUAGAGUUGCAAAGAAGACCAGGCCAGAUGCUGGUUUAAAGACAGGCUAUCUUUAGGCCAUAACCCGUUCAACUACGAGGACAAGUAUCCCUAGGAUAACCUCUACGAAGAAACAGCCUCAAAGGCAAGAGUAUGGAGGACAUUCUUGGAUGAGAGCGCAAACUACGAUGCCAGGAUGGUCGAGGAAACGAGGGAUAGCGUCGACGUGCUCCUUUGUUUUCGCUGGUCUUUCUCAGCGGCAGUGUCAACCUUCGUAUCUCAGAUAUCGAAGAGUCUGCGGGCAAGCUAUACUCAAGUAUCGGCAACCCUGCUCUUCGAAAUAGUUCUCAUUCAGCGUAUCAUUGCGAACGGUUCGUCUCUCGACAACGUUCCAGUGUCCUCCCUCAACCCUUAUGCCAAGUUCACUCCUGCAACUACGGACAUCUGGGUGAACGGGCUAUGGUCCACGAGUCUCUCCCUCAGUCUGGUAACCGUCCUGAUCGCCGUUCUGGUGAAGCAGUGGCUCCACCAUUACCUCGUCUUCCACCAGGGACUCCCCAAGAGCGGAGUCGUGUUCGACAAUAUCGAUACGGGGGGCAUUCCAGAAGUGGCAUGUGAUGGUCAUCAUUGGACUUCUCCCCGUCAUAAUGCACCUCGCGCUCGGGAUCUUUUUCGUUGGAUUGGUCGUAUUCUUCGUACCGCUCCGGCCUGGCCUUUCUUGGUUUAUUGGUGGACACCGGUGGCAUACACGACGUAUUCGAUAACCAUCUUCCUACCAAUUCUACCUCCACAAUGCCCUUACCGUAUACCGUUGUCGGACCUCGUAUAUACUCCCUACCGCUACAUUACACACGACCUAUUUCCUAAACAUGUCCGUCGACUCUUCGUGAAAGUCAACGCAGUACCUAGUACGGAGCUCCUUGAAACUUUCAUGAGAAAUGGAAAACAAGGGCGAGCGCCUACUUCGCUUCGAAUUGUCCAUUCCGCAUCUGUAUCAUGACAUGAGUUACACCUGGUCAAAUUUUUACUUUGAUGCUGCUGACGACAACUAGAGGCUUGCGAUCGCUGUUUGGUCGAACGAUAUGCUGCAAAGGAGUAAAUAUUUGAAGCCGCUCAAUUCACCGACUUCCACCGCAUUUUCGAGAAAGAAGCGUGCUCUCGUUCAACGAGGUUACCUCCAGUCAUUUGGCUGAA